UGGACUUAUUUUUGUGAUGCGUAUCAAAAAUGGCUCUCCGAUUUCUCUUAUCAUUUUUUCUGUUAUCUGAAUCUGAAAAAUUCAUUGAAAAUAAUUAUAAAAUAUGUAAUUUUUCUGUUCUGAGUUGUGUCUUUUACUUUACUAAAUUUUGUCAUAAAUCUAUAGCGUUUCUUUUUUUGGAAAAAUGACUGAGAAAGCUAGUGUUACUUGCUUCCAUUGUGAAGCAAAUUUUACAAGAAAAUGUAAUUUGGUUCGUCAUAUUAAAAAUGUUCAUCUCAGUCAAAAAGUGUAUAAAAAUGUGAGACGAAUUAUUUGUUCAUUAUGCCAAGACAGCUUUAUGAAUUUCUCACUUUUCCACAGUCAUCUGGUUUCAAAACACGAGCUAGAGAUUAAGCAAGAAUGUUUGACUUUUAAUUCGUUGAACGAAUUUCAAGCAUGGAAAUUGAAAGAAGAAAAGCAGUCAAUUUCUAGAUUCGUCAAACUCACACGACAUGGAAACCUGAGAAAUGGCGCAAUUGUGGCAUAUUAUUACUGCCAUCGCAGUUUUCAUUUCGUCAAGAAAGCAAAAACCGCGAAGAAAAAGCAUCGCGGUUCGAAUAAAACAGGAUUUGCUUGCCCUGCUCGGAUGAAAGUAAUUGGUACAAAUGAGCAGGUUACAGUCAACUAUUGCAGUUCACAUGUUGGCCAUACCUGCGAAGUUGGUAGAUUGACGCUGAAUAAAGAAGAGAGAGCUGCAUUAGCAAGUAAGCUUGCUCAAGGGAUACCGAUGUCUAGAAUUUUGGACGAUAUCAGAGCCGAGGAAUCUAGCACAGUUUCUCGAAUUCAUUUGACUGACAAAAAUGAUCUCCACAAUAUUAAAAAAACAUUCAAGAUUGCUUGCCCAUUGAGAUACGAUGACGACGACGCUACUAGUGUGAAAAUAUUUACAGAGAAAAUGAAGUCUGAUGAAAAAGAUAACCCAAUCAUAUUCUACAAGAACGAACAGACUGAAAGUGAUUUAUUUAAAAAAAGCGAUUACAUCCUCAUCAUCAUGUCAGACUUUCAAAAAGACAUGUUCAUUAAACAUGGCCAUCGCUGUAUCUGUAUAGACAGUACUCAUGAUUUGAAUCAGAAGAGAAUCACUUUAUAUACAAUCACCGUGUUGGAUGAACAAGACCAUGGGAUUCCUGUAGCGUUCUGUUUCAGCAAUCUUAGCACUUUUUUUUUGUUUACUUUUUUCUUCGGAGAACUAAAGAGAUGUUUGGGAACAACGAUCACCACCAAAAUAUUCCUGUCUAAUGAAGAUGUCGCAUUGUAUUCAGCUUGGUCUGCAGCUAUGGGUGUCGCGGAACAUCACGUGCUGAGUUUAUGGCACUUGCAUAACACAUGGGAUCAACAUUUAUCAAACGUGGAUGAUUUAAAUAAGAGAAAAACAGUGAAAAAAGCUUUAUUCGCAUUGUCUAAAGUACCAAAUACCGUUAAUUUUCGCGAUGAAUUUUACAACCUUUCGAAACGUUUACAAGAAGAUCCAGAUACAACGAAAUUCUACCGGUAUAUUCACGAUAACUAUACGAAAAACGUCGAAUCGUGGGCUGCAUGUUUUCAACCUCAAGUCAUCUUACAAACAAAUAUGCAUCUGGAGAGAUUCUAUAAGACUUUCAAGAGUAAUUAUUUAAAUAACGAAAAGUGUGAUCGAUUAGAUAACACGAUACACGAGUUAUUGAGGUUUCUUAGGGAUAAAAAAUACGACCAACUCAUAAAGUCAUCCAGAGAAAAACCAACGAAAAAGAGAAAAAACAUUAUUCGCGAAAGUUACAAAAAAGCUACGAAUGAUGUCGAGUCUGUCGAGAUAAUCGACGACAGAAUUAACCAAGUCGAAACCUACGAAGUACCUGUGCAACGGUACGAAUCCUGUGCUGUGAAUAUUUAUCCAAAUAACUCGGUUGAAUUUGGAUCAGCUGAAGCUCAUCAUGGAGAACGAUUUGACUGCCACUCCGAUGAAAAUGUAUCAACUUUUGUACAACAAAACCAAUUGAACGAUGAAAAAAGCGAACUUAUUGCUAAAUGCGAGAUAUUUUGCAAUUUAUUACGCAAAAGUGAUCUGAAUAAAGAACAAUCGAAUGAAAUUAGAGAAGGAUUGGAUGUUAUGAUAGCAAUUCUUCAUCAAUCACCGAGCGGCAUUAAUGUAUGAAUCGAAAGAAGCUUCUGCAACGACUAACGAGAUUGUUCCUUUUCUAGUUUAAUGUUUAUAACUUCGAUUUUUGUUUGUUUGAAACAUAUUUUUUCUGAAAAAAAACUUCAUUUUUUAAUGUUAUUUAUUUUCAUUAAAUUUUUUUACGUUUGUUA